AUGUGGGUGGUCACAGUGCUGUGCGCGCUGGUGGUGACCGGCGCCGGCGCGCCCAACGCCACCCAUCGUCGCGCUGAUCCUCAAGAACCUUUGGUACCGGAAGACGAAGACGAUCUAGUGCUGGACUACUAUGAUGAAGCCAGGAUUAAUAUAUCUGAGAAAGGCAGAUAUAUUGGGUCACCGUGUGAGUUCACGUGCAACUCCGACCUUGUGCACGUGUACUGCGAGCCAAGAACCAGUACUUGUCAGUGUGCACCAAAACACUCAGUCCAACUCGGAGUGGCCAGAGGCUGUGCUAAACCCAAGAAGCUGGGAGAGCAAUGCUUUUACCGGGAGACAUGUCGUGCCUUCGACCCGCACUCGUCAUGUGUCCAGGUCAACCACAAUGCGUACUGCCAAUGUGAUACUGGAUAUCACACCACCAGCCACUCCCGUCCCACGCUACGGGUCUUCUGCACUGAAGACCUGGUUCUGCUGACGGCGGACCUGCCGACGCUGCUGGGGGUUGCGUCGGGAAUCUUCGUGCUGGCCGGCCUGCUGUGCUUCGUGCUGCAUCUCUACACCAAGGCGCGAUACCACCCCGCGCAUCUGGCGGACGCGAGGCUUACCCCGCCCUGUCUAUACUCACUUAAUGAUACGGGCGGCACGCUGAGCGCAACUCGCGCUUCUUCCCGGGCAUCCUCUCGCAGCGGCUGCACCAGCGGGACUCUCGAGCUCGAGGGAAGUUCCCGUCGAGAGUCCCGCCGAGCGGCGUCAUCCCGCGCAGGUGCGGCGCGCACGGCGGCCAUCUUGUUAAUCUCGCGCCACCUCAAGGCCGUAAGGGACGGCGGCGCGCACCCGCCUAAGUGCGCCGCCAAAGGUGAUCCGGAUGAUGUAUGCGGCCCCUUAUUGCACGAUCUCGUGGGUGCCCCUCGUUCCCCGCGUUCGCGACGUCCAAGUCUAAGUUCAGUUCAAAGUAGCUCAUCGUCUAUUAGGAGCUACAGCGCAAAAAGAUGGGAAAGAGAAAGAGAACAAAAGGAACGAAGGCAGAUGAGCAUGCGUCUUGCUCAGCUGCACGACAAGAUGGCGGCGGGACGAGAACUGCCAAAACACGCACCCACCCCUUCGCCUAGGUCUCCUAAUAAUUCUACCGAUGGGCUUCUGCCAGCUGUGUGUGAAAUUCGUGAACUACAAAGUGCAGACCAGCUGCAAGGCGUGGAUGGACCCUGCACUAGCACAUCACUUUACUGA